AUGAGCUUCCGCCUGCCUCUCCGCGGAGGCAAAUUCGCCACCAUUAUCAGUGCCUCUGCUCCGCCGAUGACCAGCCUCGACGCCGCAAGGGGCAAAUUCUACGAGGACCUGCACGCCCUCCUUGCGACUGUCUCGUAUGCGGACAAGCUGAUUGUCCUUGAGGAAUUCAACGCCCGCGACAAUUCAGACCAUGCUGCCUGGAAAGGAGUGCUAGGUCCCCAUGGUCUUCGCGGUUCAAACGACAGUGACCUGCACCUUCUCCGCAACUGCAGAGAACACCGCCUCAUCCUGACAAACACCUUCUUCUGUCAAUAG